UUGUUCUCUCACUCUGUGCUUCCCCCCCAACACUGUUCUUUUAGCAGUGAAACUAAAAUGGAAUUCAGUAAUGUAAGAAAGUGCUUGGUGUGACAGAAACAUCAGCGAGAGAUCGAGAUCUAGGUAGGAUAGGUCAGAAGUCGUCAUAUGACAGCAGAUUGGGGCGAUAAGUUAUGAGGAAGGGAAAUGAACUAUUUGUCUCUGGCUAAUAAGGUUUUUUUUGGGGGGAGGGUUAGUAACUUCUUACUCCCAUGUCUCCUGGUCAUACAAUGUCAGAGUGAUCCCGCUCUCUGUUAUCCCACAGCCUACUUUUCACUCCAGGUGAUUUACUCUAGGAGGAAGUUUGGAAUUUCUCCACCAGCGACCAGUGGCCACCCUGACUUUGAGAGAGUCUUCAGGGCGCAAGUGAACUGUUCCGAGUAUUUCCCGAUUUUCCUUGCCAUGUUAUGGGUUGCAGGGAUUUUCUUCCAUCAAGGCAUUACCUCGUUCUUUGGACUCUUGUAUCUGUACAGCAGGUACCUGUACUUCAGAGGCUACUCGGAGUCUGCUAAAGGACGGUUGGCCCCACUGUAUUUGUCCGCUAAAGUGCUGUGGGCACUGAUUGGCCUGGCCACACUGGGAGUGCUCGAUUACCUGUCCUCAUAUUACCUGGGCUUCAGCCUGGUGGCACCUGUGAAGAGAUUUGUUGGUCUCUGAACAUCCUCUGCCAUCUCUCCUCUCCAUCACUGUGCUCUGACACCAUUCAAAACCACAGUCCACCUUAGGACCUGACAGUGCAACCGUUAUCAGUGGAUCUCCACAGCACAGUCAGUUGUGAUGGUUUCUGAAAAAUGGACAAGUACAAAUGAUGGUUUUAUUCUUUGCUGUGAUCCUCAACCCCUCACCUGGGAUUUGUCAUUACAAUAAGCUUUCUAAUGUUAAAACAAACAAAUAUGUAUUUCAGCUAAAUAAUAAUGUGAAUGAAACUCGUCGUUAUGAAUGAAUACAAUGAACGUAAAAUGA